GAAAACCUGCCCCUAUGCGCGUCCGCAUUUCUCACCAGCACAGUUUUGCGUUGGAUGUCAGGGUCUUCCCAUAACGUCUUGGCAAGGCUGAUUGCGAGGACAUGGACAUCUCCCUGUUGGCACUCCUGCUGCUCUGCCUUACUGGGCAAGCCCUGACUGUUCUGGAGACCACAGAGCCUCUGGCAACAUUGUCUUCAGUCCCUGAUAACACCAGUAAUGUCCAGGAGGCAGAGCAGGAGGGUGACUGCGAAACCCGGCAGUUCAGCCAGGAGGCCAAGCGGGCCGUUGGGGUAGCUAUCAUGAAGCUGGGCCUGCAACUCCUGGAGAACUUGAAGACCAGUCCAGAACAGCCCAAUGUCAUCACAUCCCCGCUCAGCAUCUCCCUGGCCUUGUCCCAGCUGGCUCUGGGUGCCAAGAAUGAGACAGAGACGUUACUCCUAGCUGCGCUUCAUGCCCAGGACCUGCCCUGUUACCACUGGAUCCUGCGCAAAACUGUCCAGCAUUUGGGUGUGCAAGCCUUGAAGGUGGCCUCACGAAUGUACCUGAAGCCGGGCUUCGAACUGAAGCAGGCCUUCGUGGAAGAGUCCCGCCGCAUUUACUCCUCCGAGCCAGCGCCUUUGGUUGGACUGGAGGAAAUCAACCAGUGGGUGGAAAAUGCCACCCAUGGCCAGAUUACUAAAUUCCUGUCCAGUCUACCGCUUGACGUGGUGCUUAUGCUGGUUAACGCCGUCCAUUUCAAAGGAGAGUGGCAGGCUCGCUUUGAUCCAAAAUUCACCUCCAGGGACCUCUUCUACAUUGACAGCAAGAACACAGUCCAUGUAGAUAUGAUGCAGGGACCUAAAUACCCUCUGAGAGUGAUGGUGGACAAAGAAAUGGGUGUCCAGGUGGCCCGUUUUGCCUUCAAGGAAGAAAUGAGUCUCUUAGUGGUGAUGCCCAUUGCGGAUGAGGUCAAUGUUUCCACCAUAGUGCCUCGACUCGACCCGUCUGACCUCUACAAUCACCUGCCCCGAGAAACCAACAUGCAGGUCAAGUUGCCGAAGUUCAAGCUGGAGUACAGCCAGGAACUCAAGGACUCUCUCACUUGCAUGGGACUUGGCCAGUUGUUCUCAGCACCAGACUUGUCAGGCAUCGCAGAUGGCUUCCUGAAGGUGUCCAGUGUGCAGCACAAGUCCAGCAUGGAGCUGCACGAAGAAGGAGCGGAGGCAGCAGCCAGCACCGUCGUGAUCGUUUCCCGCUCCAACCCCACAUUCACUGUCAAUCAGCCAUUCUUUUUCGCCAUCAUGGAUGAUGCCACCCGCGUGCCCCUCUUCCUCGGCGUGAUCACCAACCCAAAUCCUGGAGCCAGCCCUGCCACACAGAGUGACCAUCCCAAUAAUAUCACCUUCCCAUCUGACAAGGAAUCCAGUGAAUUCUUGUUCGAUCCACCCAAGUAGGAGGAGCCACACUGACUGUUAAGUGGUUCUAACAAGGCGCGAUCAAGCUGAAGAUGUCCUACCAACUGUUGGCCACCAGGGGGGGUAGCAGACAAACACAUCUGGACUAGCAAAUCUCAAACAAAAGUAUAAUCUCCAAAGUGGAUUAUAGUGGGAGAUCUGUUAUUUAGUUUCUCUGGUGACCACCCUGUUCAAAUAAUACAAGCACAAUUAGAGCAAAUGUUAAUUAUUUUUCUUUUAAAUAAACCAUUUUACCGUCUAUAUUCUCAUUGGAUUAAACCAAGACAGUGGCUACAGGACUAACAUUUAAAUUUGUUAAACUGCUUGAGAAUGGAAAAAAUCAGCUUAAUUUAAUGCUGAACUGAAGCAGUGAUGCUGUGGAAACACGAGUACAAAAGUUACUCAUCAUCAAAAUUGCACCAGUGAGACUUUGACUUCCACACCCAAUUUACCAAAAAUGUGAAAAAAAACACAGUCUUUUACACACAGACUACAAUAUAGACAUGAUACCUUACACACACACACACACAUGCACACACACACACUUCUCUCCAGUAAAAGGCUGGUGGUUUUAUGUUCUGAGUUUAUUUUCCAGAAAAGUGUCAUAAAGUGUCUCUGU